CCCUAAGAGUUAAACCAAUGGCGAUUAUCUCUGAGAUGCCAGAGGAGACGAGGCAAGAUGGCAUCUCAGAGGAGAGUGUGCCUCCAGUGGAGCCCAUGGAGGUGGAGAAGCCAAAGAAAGAAAGCUUGGAGCCCACGGAACCCAUUGUUCCUAACAAAGGUAACGGGCUUGAUUUCGAGAAGUACUCAUGGACACAGAAUCUCCAGGAGGUCACAGUCACCAUUCCAGUCCCUAGCGGCACUAAGUCACGGUCCGUCACCUGUGAAAUAAAAAAGAACCGUCUCAAAGUUGGUCUCAAAGGACAAGACCCAAUCAUCGAUGGAGAGUUCUUCAAUGCUGUCAAGCCUGACGACUGCUUCUGGAACAUCGAGGAUCAGAAGGUCAUAUCGGUGCUCUUGACAAAGCAGGACCAGAUGCAGUGGUGGAAGUACUGUGUGAAAGGGGAGCCUGAGAUUGACACUCAGAAAGUUGAGCCAGAGAGCAGCAAACUGUCUGAUUUAGACCCGGAGACUCGAAGCAGCGUUGAGAAGAUGAUGUUUGAUCAGAGGCAGAAGCAGAUGGGACUACCAACGAGUGAUGAGAUUGAGAAGAAAGAUAUGAUGAAGAAGUUUAUGUCUCAGCAUCCUGAGAUGAACUUCUCUAAUGCAAAGUUUAAUUAA